CACACCCUCCCCCGUCCAAUCCAACAUGGCGACGUAGGACGUUGUUAUUGUCUGUCGCUUCUGAAAGGCUUUUGCAUUACGAUAGAAACCACGCAGAUAAGCGACCAAGCGGAUUCAUGCGGGCAUGAGAGGAACGUCUGGAGAUAAUGUUAAGACCGACCGGCUUCUUCCGAGGGAUUGACUGUCCGUUUUACGCGGAGUACGACGAGGGUAAAGCCAGCAGAAAUGGGUGCAACAGACCGUACUGUCACUUCAGGCACAGCCAGCAGAGACGAGCGUCCUACGGAGCACCGGCAGAUGCUAAAAAGCAGAGAGACGUCCACGCCACCCAGAAAGAACAAGGUUACGAUCCCUUCAAUCCAGAAGUGGUGAAACCAGAGGCACAACAGAAUGGAAAAUCACCUGCCUCAGGAGACAUCAGCGGUGCCCUGGAGCUGGUCAACAAGGCUAUUGAGGAGGUUCGCAGCGAGGUGGAGAGGGAAAAGAGGAAGCUUUUUCGAAUUGGUGAUGAACCAUACGAUCCCAGUGAGAGUAGCUCUUUGCCCUCAUCUGAUGCUGCUAAAAGCAAAACACCAAAUGCACACUUGGCCUAUGAUCCUGGGAGUUAUCAGAUGACAUCAGGAGGCUAUAACCCCACCCCUGGUUGUAGCAAGUACACCUUGGAUGCUGACACCCAGGGGAACAAAACUAACUCUAUGGAAUAUGUUCCUACAUCAUUAAAAAAGCCUCGAACACAUGCUCCUCAGCCUCCCUCUCCUCCCCCAAGCCCAAAAUAUUUAAAAAGCACAUCUUCUCCUAAAUGUAAAUACACCAUGGAUACUUCUAGACCAUCUACAGAUAUGGAGUAUGACCCAUUGUCCAAUUACUCAGCAGGAAUUGCAAUAAAAAGCAAGAGGGACGAAAGUGCACAUGGAAUUAAAGGUGAUGGGAGCAAGUCCCACAAAUUACCAGUGACUGUUUUUUCAGAUGAGGACGAUGUUACAGCUGUGAAAAAGCUACAACAGCAGAGUGUAGACACAAAAAAAUACACUUUUUCUGACUCUGAUGGAGAGAACUCUGGAACAGAAUAUCGUCCCACAACUCUUAGCAAUCUCCAUCAAAGAAAAGGCACAACUGUAUCAGUGGGAGAUAUUUUUGGCAAGGUGAAAAGAGUGAAAACUGAAACUUUGGUAAAUGCACUAACGCAGAGGAAUAAGGACGACUUAACACAGGGCUCAUAUGCCCAGGACAAUGCAAAAUCCAAAGAAAAACUAGAAAAAAGCAAGGAUGCUAGUAAGGGUAGUCAUCAAAAAAGUGGCAAAUCUGAGAAAAUGCAUAAGCUUGAAAAAGAAUUAAACAAGACAUCUAGUAGUAAGAGUAGUAGCUGCAUUGGUAAGGACAAAAGUUCAAUAAAAAGCACAACCCAGGACUCUGCAAAGAAGGAGAACAAGAGUCACGGAAAGAGAGAUGAUGGAAAAAAUACAGUGAAACUGAGGACAUCUGAUACAGUUAACAAAGAGCAGAAGAGAAGUGAUCAUAAGAUCAAACCUGUGCAUAAGGUUAAAACUGAAUCAAGCAAUAAGGAUAAAAAUUCAGAAAAUUGUGCAAGUGAAAGCAACAAAGAUAAUACAUCGAGUAAGGAGAAGGCGCACAGCAAGUAUAAGGACCACCAACACAAAAAUGGAAAACUUGAUCCUAAAAGAGGAAGAAAUGGGAAUAAAAUUAUUAAAAGCAGUUCCAGUAGUAGCGGGAGUACUCGCGUUAACAGUAAAGGCAGUCCUGCUAGCAGUAAAGAGAAAAGAAGAAGACAAGACGGGAAACGGCGAAGUCUGAGCUUGAGCCAUGCCGAUCUGUUUGGAGACGAGAGUCCAGAGGAGGCUGAACCGAUGGAGGUGGAUGAUACGGACGAUGAAGUAGAAGAAGUGCUUGUGAGGAAAUCAGCCGAUGCUUUAAAGAGAGGACAACUGAACAAGAGGAAAGCAUCAGAGCUGACUCCAUCUUCCUCGGAUGAUGAGGUUGAUCAUGGUCUGAUACGUGGCAAGGCAGGUAAGGAGGAGGACAUUGAUGUUGGAAUAGACUUGUCUAGUUUCCAGGAUGAGAUGGACUUUGACUCGGAUCCCAUGGAGGAGUGUUUGAGAAUCUUCAAUGAAUCCAAUGACGUAAAGAGGGAAGACAAGGGAAGGCAAACUAAACAGCCCUCAAGAGAUUCAGAUGAGGAGAAAUGCACAGAGAGCACUUUAACCACUCUCUUUCCUGGUCAAAAGAAGAGAGUCUCCCAUUUUGUUGCCAAAGGAAAUACUGACGGACCUUCUAAGGCGGUGGUGCGGCCGUACAAGAGGCCCUCCGCCCAGGAGGUCUGCUACCAGCGCAUGCAGUUGGCGCAGCAGCAAGCCACCCAGCUAUCGGCGUCAGUCAAAGCUGCCUCGCAGAGCCCCAGCUCCAGCUUUUCUAAAGAUAAGAAGAGAAUAGCGCACCGUCCCAGCCCGCAGCUAACAUCCUCCAAAACCAGUCUGGCUGAAGCUAAAGCAGCUGUCGGCAGAGGGCUGUCCCCUAAACAUACUUCACCUGCUGUCAAGGCUCAAACCACAGCUGGUAUUUUGUCAAAGACAACAUCCACUGUGACACAGAGGCGGCUGGCGCACACCCCCACCAUGAAGAGUACUUCGAUGAAACGCCCAGUCAUCCCCACUGAGUUUGGGGCCAAAGUUCCCACCAACGUCCGUCAGCGCUACCUCAACACCUUCAUCGAUGAAUGUUGCAAAUUCUGUCCAUCGGAGGAAGUUGCUUUCCACAUGGCCCUUGAUGAGGAGAAGCUGGUGUAUGAGCGCAGUAGCAGUAAGAACAUCUACCUCAAUCUAGCUGUCAAUACUCUGAAAAAGCUGCGCAGCAAGAGCAGUUCCUGCCCAUCACCUGUCACCAAGGAGCCCAGGUCAGUUGCUAACAGGAGGGCACAGUCCCAUGAGGAAGUGCUGGGGGGUCGUCUUGCUGCUACGACCAGUUUUACCAUCAACAGAAUGGGCAAACAGCAAGAGGAGAAACUCAUCGGAGCCACACUGUAUAAGAAGCUGCAGGCGUACCUGAUGACAGAGGAACAGCUCCAGGAGCAUGGAUACCCGAGGCCAAACCCUGCAGCCACAGGCAAGGCCAUCAUGUACAACCUCCCAGAGAAAAAAGUCAUCACAGAUCCUUUCACCAAGAUAUGCUGUCGAUGUGGAGCAGAGUACAAGAUCAAUGUCAAUGGCAACUGUGUACGAAAGGAAGAAUGCAGUUAUCACUGGGGACGCUUACGUCGACAUAAAAUCUCUGGAGGCUGGGAGACCAACUACAGCUGCUGCGCCUCGGCUGUGGGUUCUCCAGGUUGCCAAGUUUCCAAGCAACAUGUUCAGGAUGGACGUAAGGAGUCGUUUGACGGCUAUGUCUCAACCUUCAGUAAACCAUUACCACCAAACAGCAAUGCAGGGGUUUUUGCAUUGGACUGUGAGAUGUGUUACACAACACAGGGCCUAGAACUGACCAGGGUGACCGUCAUCGACUCUGCAUUGAAAGUCAUAUAUGACACGUUUGUCAAACCUGAAAGCAAAGUAGUUGACUACAACACACGAUUUUCAGGGGUGACGCAGGAGGACCUAGAAGGCACCACCAUCACCCUGAGGGAUGUUCAGGCUGUGCUGCUUAGUAUGUUCAGUGCUGAGUCCAUCCUCAUAGGACACAGUCUGGAGAGCGACCUCCUCGCCCUAAAGCUAAUCCACAGUUCCAUUGUGGACACUGCCAUUGUAUUCCCUCACCGCCUUGGCUUGCCCUACAAACGUGCCUUGAAGAAUCUGAUGGCAGACUACCUGAAACGCAUCAUCCAGGACAACGUGGAGGGCCACGACUCCAGUGAAGAUGCGUCUGCCUGCAUGGAGCUGAUGUUUUGGAAGAUCAAGGAAGAUGCAAAAGUCAAAAGAUGACCUCUGAUCCCACUCCUCUGCUUUCAUCGGUGGGAGCCCCUGCCUUCAUGUUGGUUUCAGAGAGACACGCUUGUUCAGGAAGCUCACACCUGCUCUCAGAGCGUUAGGGAUAGAGGCUCUGGGAGAAGGGACGUUUGCGUAAAAAGGAAACCCUGAGGAGAGCUCACUGAUAUUACUGCUCACCUACUGUCAACUCAUUCAAAGCAAUAGGAGCCCAGGUGAACAUUCUUUUUUUUUUCUUAUUCAUAUUCAGUUAUAUAUGUUAGCUUAAACGUAUUUCUGAUUUUGAGCUGUGUCUUUUAUGGCCUCAAAUAAAACCUUUCUAUAGAAUAACUAUUUAAAGCACCUGGGCAUUGUCUGCUAAACGACAACGAUUAAUAUUCAUGCCAGGCUGUGUUCAGCCUAAAUUGCACUAUAAAGAUGCUCUUGUUGUACAGGGCCCAAGUGUAAGUACCUCAUCUUAUAAAGCGCUCUCUUCAAAUAGCUUCUGCGAUACGUUUACAGUACGAGCAUCAUGUCUGUCAGCAUUGCUGUGUAAAUGCAUUUGUACGUUCAGUGUUGCACCUUGUCUCUGCGGUUAGUUUGAUUUGUUUGUUGGCUCUUAGACCUAAGUAAUCCUAUAAUACUUGAUCACUGACCCUUGGCAGAAAUGUGAAUUGUCUGCUACUACCUAUUUAGAAAAAAUAAAUAAAUAUGUCACCGUCUUGUAUAGCUAAAAUACUGACUAUUCAUCACUGUCUCUGUGCUGUGCACUGCAUGAGUAAAAUAACUGCAGUCAGUGUGACAGAUCCUCCGUUAAGACCAUAGUAGGGUUCGUUAGUGUUGAACCAGGCCUGGGUUAACAGCAGACACUUAUGAUUUAGAGCAGAACAGCUAACUGGUGCGAUUUUAUGUUGACUGAAAAAAACACCCAAGCUGUAAAUAUGCUGAAAGCAGUUUACUUUUGUAUUUGUUCAUUUUUGGUUCUUUACCUUUUUCUAUUAAACAAUAUUAGUUCAAAGAA